AUGAAAAUGUUUCUUAAAAUUUGCAUUCUGUAAUUGAAGAUGAAGAAGAAGAAUAAAAGGAGAAUAUUUAGCCUUUUCAAAUAAAUAGAAGAUAGCCUAUUAACAGAGCGACAUAAUAAUAAAAUAAUUAAAUUGAGAUGGAGAUAAAUUUAAAUGGCAAUAAUUUUUAAUAGAGGCUACAACCAAUUCCAGAUAACUUUGAUAUAGAAGAAGAAGUCAGCUAUGUUAUUCCUAAAGUUGAAUUUAACUAAAUUUAAUAAAAAUAGCCAAAUUUAUUUGAUAUUAAUAAUCAAAAUUAAAAUCAAGGAACCAUUUUAUAAAUAAAUUAUGGAAAUGCACAGUUUUAAUAGCAAUAAUCUGACCCUUUUUUUCAAACACUUCAAAAAUAAAUGA